AUGUGUAUGCACGCCAAAGGACAGCAACUGAGUUGUCUCUCCCUGAAGGAGCCGGUCUCGAUCAUAGCCAGUGACAGAGUGAUCAAGAAGCUUGAGAUGUCUGUCCUCUCAAGGGUCCGGGAGUGGGUUAGGAUGAAGAGAUGCAGCAGGUACAGUACUGUAUGUUGGCGUCUGAAGUCUCUUGAUGACUGCUCUUGACUGGCCCAUAUGUCAGGCCCAAAGACAGAUUCAUUCGUUUUCCGUGGGUGUCGGACAUUCUAUUCUAAUCUAACUUUAAUCACAGUAAUGAUUUUGUCUUGAAAUGGACAUUGGUUGUGGUUGUUCAUCAAUGUACUAUUUUUCAGUCCGCUAAUGUUCAUUGAAGUUUGAAUCGGAUGCUGGAAAAUGCUUGAUUGGUAGUGAGGUGAGCAGGAGUUGACUGUAUUCCAGGUGUUGGAUUGAGUUGACAAUGUUUUUGCCACUUCAGGCCAUGUGCAUACAGCAUGCGUUAUAUGCUGUGCCAAAUGGAGGUGGGGAGUCAUGCUUGGACAAAGCCAUGAUGUAGGUUAAUUGUGAUGUAAUAAUAAUCCUAUAGUUUCCACCCCCUCAGCAGUAUACUCUCCUGGUAGGAACUGUAACCUCAUCCCCAGGCUAACCCAGGAAAAGUCUGGUGAAUGACAGUACUCUUCUGGAGAGACCAUAUAGAAAUGCCUGUUGUUUUGCUGCCUCUGUCUAUGGUGGCAUGAGAGGAAGCCUGAAGCCGUACCUUUUAAGGAAGCAGCAUAACUUCCUAGAGGAGUAACCAACCACAGCUGUUUUUAAGCCGAUGGUGUCUGGGUGUGGACUAUGAAGUUCUACAGUAUAGAUGCAGAUCCGAACCACGUACACAGAUGGGUGUGCUGUAGAGCCGAACUGUCUUCGUGGAGAGCUGUAUACCAACAUGACAAAGGUAUUUCUGCAGUCCAUGUCAUUGGUCUGGUGUGCCCUGAGUACCAGUUGUGCUAUCAUGCAAACUCUUGCCAUGUUUGGCUUGACAAUGACAGCAAUUGUCAUGAGCACAAACAGAUCUGGGACCAGGCUAGGUUUGAUAUACUCUGACUGGGACAGCACUCUGACCGUAACUGCUAUGUUUGCUGUUUGCUAUCUUAUGUGUAUAUUUGUUCUGGUGGUGGUGGUGGUUGUUGUUGUUGGAUUUUAACACUAGAACCGCCAUAAGCCAAUGCUCCCCCCUCCCCCCCCCAAAAGCUAUGUCCUGCUCCUUCCCUGACUUUUCCUAAAUGUUUUGUAUUUUACACUGCUCACUUGUCAGAAUUUUAAAAUCACAAACAGAAAAGUAUUUAGAGCCUUUUAAUCUGCAAAGACAAUGUGCUGUAUGACGUUGGUACAUUUACAUUUAAGUCAUUUAGCAGACGCUCUUAUCCAGAGCGACUUACAAAUUGGUACCCAGCCAUGCGCUAAUGCGUCGCUCUCUCCUCACUGAAUGAAUCACAAAUGGAUGAAUGAGUGAUAAUUGUGCACCUUACUUCACAAUUGAGUAUAAAUUAGGCCUAACUGAAUGAGGGUGAAGAGGCUGAUUUCAUUUAGAAAGAUAAUAGUGUAAUCAUGAGUUUGUAAUGCCUAUUUAUCAGCAGCCAAUAAUUUGAGCGCGCGCCUUGCAGGUUGAUACCAUUCUCUUUUAAUAAUAAUAAUAAUAUGCCAUUUACGUUUUACUUUGUAAAAAUAAGCUGUUAUGGGACUGUUUUAUUUACUAUAACACGCUUACUAAUCACAUUUAUUGUAAGGGAAACGAAAACAUGCUACAUGUUGCAGUAGGCCUUUAGAAUAAUGCAAAACAUAUCCUUGACUCUGUCCAGUGACGCAAUUGAUGCCAGCCAACUGAAUGAAUGACAAAUGGAUGGAAUGGGUGAUAAUUAUGCAAGUUGCUAAACAAUCAAAUGUAAAUGUGGCCUAACUGAAUGAUGAGGGUGAAGAUGUUGAUUUAAUUUAGAACAGCGAUAGUGCAAUGAUGAGUUUGUUAUGCGUAUUUAUCAGCGUUGGUUCUCGUGUUAAUAAUUUGACCGCACGCCUUGAGGGUUGAUACCAUUCUCUUUUUAUUUUUUACUUUGUAAAAAGAAGCUGUUACAGGACUAUUUUAUUUACUGUAACUAUAUUACUAAUCUAAUGUAUUGUAAGGGAAACAAAAACAUGCUAUGUGUUGCAGUAGGCCUUUCGAAUAAUACAAAACAUGUCCUCUAUCCAACAUGAUGAGCAGAUAACAAAUGAUGCCAGUCAGCCUGCACAGCUCUGGCCCAUCGAAACUAUACCAAAACUAAUUUUGCACAUAAUGAGAGUUAGCCUAUAAACAAGAUUAAAUUGACAAUCUGAUGAGCAUAUUCUGCAGUUUCUAUUUUACCUUUGUCAAAUACAGUGCAUUCAGAAAGUAUUCAGACCCCUUGACUUUGUCCACAUUUUGUUACAGCCUUAUUCUAAAAUGGAUUCUAUUGUUUUUUUCCCUCAUCAAUCUACACACAACACCCCAUAAUGACAAAGCUAAAACAGGUUUUUAGAUUUUUGCAAAUUUAUAAAAAAUGAACAUAACUUAUUUAAAUAAGUAUUCAGACCCUUUGCUGUGAGACUCGAAAUUGAGCUCAGGUGCAUCCUGUUUCCAUUGAUCAUCCUUGAUGUUUCUACAACUUGAUUGGAGUCCACCUGUGGUAAAUUCAAUUGAUUGGACAUGAUUUGGAAAGGCACACACCUGUCUAUAUAAGUGCAUGUCAGAGCAAAAACCAAGCCAUGAGGUCAAAGGAAUUGUCCGUAGAGCUCCGAGACAGGAUUGUGUCGAGUCACAGAUCUGGGGAAGGGUACCAAACGAUUUCUGCAGCGUUGAAGGUCCCCAAGAACACUGUGGCCUCCAUCUUUCUUAAAUGGAAGAAGAUUGGAACCACCUAGACUCUUCCUAGAGCUGGCCACCCAGCCAAACUGAGCAAUUAGCAGAGAAGGGCUUUGGUCAGGGAGGUGACCAAGAACCAAAUGGUCACUCCGACAGAGCUCCAGAGUUCCUCUGUGGAGAUGGGAGAACCUUCCAGAAGGACAACCAUCUCUGCAGCACUCCACCAAUCAGGCCUUUUAUAGUAGACUGGCCAGACGGAUGCCACUCCUCAGUAAAAGGCACAUUACAGCCCGCUUAGAGUUUGCCAAAAGGCACCUAAAUGACUCUCAGACCAUGAGAAACAAGAUUCUCUGGUCUGAUGAAACCAGAGCCCGGACUUGAACCCGAUCGAACAUCUCUGGAGAGACCUGAAAAAUGCUGUGCAGUGACGCUCCCCAUUCAACCUGACAAAGCUUGAGAGGGUCUGCAGAGAAGAAUGGGAGAAACUCCCCAAAUACAGGUGUGCCAAGCUUGUAGUGUCAUACGCAAGAAGACUCAAGGCUGUAAUCACUGCCAACGUUGCUUCAACAAAGUACUGAGUAAAGGGUCUGAAUACUUAUGUAAAUGUGAUAUUUCAGUUAAAAAAAAUAUUGAUUUGCAAAAAAAUCUAAACCUGUUUUUGCUUUGUUGUUAUGGGGCAUAAUGUGUAGAUUGAUGAGGGGGGAAACAAUUAUUGAAUCCAUUGUAGAUAAAGGCUGUAACGUAACAAAAUGUGGAAAAAGUAGAGGGGUCUGAAUACUUUCUGAAUGCACUGUAACUCUCAUAAUUCAAGAGGUACAGCUCGGUAUUUCCAAAUUUCCCUUUUUCCAAGAAUAUCCGUGCUGUCCAUACAUUCAGCACAUGACCACUCACGUGGCAGCAUUGCUCUGCCUACUAAGCAAAAACUAGUAACAUAAUAAACGUACAAUUUAAAAUAUGCUAUUCUGUCGUCAAUGGAUGAAUGGGCGAUAGAAACCAGAUAGAAAUUGAUAAUGGUGCAUCUGACUUCAAUGAACUAAAUGAUGAAGAGGGUGAUUUAAUUUGAUUGAUUUGAAGGAUGAGGGUGAAAGUGGUAUAUAAUCUCCCCUCAGAGAGUCAAAUCAGACACUGAGUACAACGUUCACAAUGGCAAGUCGAACCAAACGAAUGGACGCACUGACAGCAUUGCAAAUGCUGCCUAAUGUAGACGAGUUGUAGUCAGAUGGAGGAUCGGAUAUUGAGCUUGAAAUCGAUGUUGUUGAUGAGGAGUCUUCAUCUGAUUCUGAUGUUGACUUCAAGCCUCUGCCUCCGAUGCCUGAGCUUCGCCGCAGAAAAACCAGAACAGAGCCAACUGUCACAGUGAUCCCAACUGCCACGGUGAGACAGGAGUCUGGGAACGAUGGCACAGUUUGGGUAGAAAAGUGUGUAGAGAGCUCAACAGGAAGGCAGCCUUCCCAGAAUAUUCUCACAGAGAGAGCAGGCCCUACACCUCACGCAAAGAGACAAAUUGCCAGCGCACUAAAGAGAUUUCUUUGUUUAUGUGACAUGCAGAUGUUGAAGCACAUCAGAGAUUGUACUGUCGCUCAUGCGCACAGAAAAGGAAACAGUAGGUGGGACAUGUCUAUGGAUGAACUCAAAGCAUUUAUUGCACUCUUGUAUGUCCACAGAGCAUAUGGCGGAAAGAGCAAGGAUGUGGAGUCAUUUUGGCCUGAUUGGUAUGGGGUGGACUUUUUCCGAGAGACCACAUGCCACACAAACGCUUCAGAGAGAUUAUUUGACACCUGCCUUUUGAUGACAAGGAGACAAGACCGAUACGCGUGCAGAAAGACAAGUUUGCCGCCGUCUCCGACACCUGGAAAAGUUUUGUGAAUUGCAUCGCUUGUUACCAGCCAGGAGAAAACAUAACUGUUGAUGAGCAACUGUUCCCAACAAAAGCUUGGUGCUGUUUUACCCAAUACAUGGCCAACAAACCAGACAAAUUUGGAAUUAAGUUUUGGUUAGCCGCCGAUGUCGAAACCAAGUCCUUGCUCAAUGGCUUUCCAUAUCUGGGGAAAGCUGAAACCAGGCCAGCAGGUGAGCGUCUGUCUGAGACUGGUUUUGAGACUCGUGGAGCCUUACAUGGGCAAAGGCAGAAAUGUGACCAUGGACAACGUCUUCACAUUAAUUUCCCUGGCAGACAAGUUGAUUGCAAAGAAGACUAGACCUGCUCGGAACAAUAAACAAACAAAGGCGGGAGCUGCCCCCCCUGCAAAACAACAUACAGUGCCUUGCAAAAGUAUUCAUCCCCGUUGGCGUUUUUCCUAUUUUGUUGCAUUACAAUCUGUAAUUUUAAAUGGAUUUUUGUUUGGAUUUCAUGUUAUGGACAUACACAAAAAGUCCAAAUUGGUGAAGUGAAAUGAAAAAAAAAAACUUGUAUAAAAAAAAUGCUAAAAAAUAAAUAACGGAAAAGUGGUGUAUUCACCCCCUUUGCUAUGAAGCCCCUAAAUAAGAUGUGGUGCAACAAAUUACCUUCAGAAGUCACAUAAUUAGUUAAAUAAAGUCCACCUGUGUGCAAUCUAAGUGUCACAUGAUCUCAAUAUACAGCUGCGGAAAAAAUUAAGAGACCACUGCAAAAUUAUCAGUUUCUCCGGUUUUACUAUUUAUAGGUAUGUGUUUGGGUAAAAAUAACACUUUUGUUUUAUUCUAUAAACUACUGACAACAUUUCUCCCAAAUUCCAAAUAAAAAUAUUGUCAUUUAGAGCAUUUAUUUGCAGAAAAUGACAACUGGUCAAAAUAACAAAAAAGAUGCAGUGUUGUCAGACCUCGAAUAAUGCAAAGAAAAUAAGUUCAUGUUCAUUUUUAAACAACACAAUACUAAUGUUUUAACUUAGGAAGAGUUCAGAAAUCAAUAUUUGGUGGAAUAACCCUGAUCUUUCAAUCACAGCUUUCAUGCGUCUUGGCAUGCUCUCCACCAGUCUUUCACAUUGACGUUGGGUGACUUUAUGCCACUCCUGGCGCAAAGAUUCAAGCAGCUCAGCUUUCUUUGAUGGCUUGUGACCAUCCAUCUUCCUCUUGAUCACAUUCCAGAAGUUUUCAAUGGGGUUAAGGUCUGGAGAUUGGGCUGGCCAUGACAGGGUCUUGAUCUGGUGGUCCUCCAUCCACACCUUGAUUGACCUGGCUGUGUGGCAUGGCACAUUGUCCUGCUGGAAAAGCCAAUCCUCAGAGUUGGGGAACAAUGUCAGAGCAAAAGGAAGCAAGUUUUCUUCCAGGACAACCUUGUACGUGGCUUGAUUCAUGCAUCCUUCACAAAGACAAAUCUGCCUGAUUCCAGCCUUGCUGGAGCACCCCCAGAUCAUCACCGAUCCUCCACCAAAUUUCACAGUGGGUGCGAGACACUGGCUUGUAGGCCUCUCCAGGUCUCCGUCUAACCAUUAGACGACCAGGUGUUGGGCAAAGCUGAAAAUUGGACUCGUCAGAGAAGAUGACCUUACUCCAGUCCUCUACGGUCCAAUCCUUAUGUUCUUUUGCAAACCUCAGCCUGGCUCUUCUUUGCUUCUCAUUGAUUAAGGUCUUUUUUCUAGCUUUGCACGACUUCAGCCCUGCCCCUAGGAGCCUGUUUCGAACCGUCCUCGCCGUGCACUUCACCCCAGCUGCCGUUUCCAUUCUUUUUGUAGGUCAUUUGAUGUCAUCCUACGGUUGUUGAGUGACAUUCGAAUGAGUUGGCGGUCAUCCCGGUCAGUAGAGAGUAGUUUUCGCCCUCUGCCGUCUGUAGCUUUGUUGUCCCCAAUGUCUGCUGCUUGACCGUGUCCUUAUGAACCUCCGUCUUUUGAAAUUCUAAACAUCCCCACAGCAUGAUGCUGUCACCACCAUGCUUCACCGUAGGGAUGGUGCCAGGUUUCCUCCAUACGUGACACUUGGCAUUCAGACCAAGAGUUCAGUCUUAGUUUCAUUAAACCAGAGAAUCUUGUUUCUCAUGCUCUGAGAGUCUUUAGGUGCUUUUUGGCAAACUCCAAGCGGGAUGUCAUGUGUCUUUUACUGAGGUGUGGCUUCCGUCUGGCCACUCUACCAUGAAGGCCUGAUUUGGUGGAGUGCUGCAGAGAUGUUUGUCCUCCUGGAAGGUUCUCCCAUCUCCACAGAGGAACUUUGGAACUCUGUCAGAGUGACCAUCGGGUUCUUGGUCACCUCCCUCACCAAGGCCCUUCUCCCCCGAUUGCUCAGUUUGGCUGGGUGGCCAGCUCUAGGAAGAGUCUUGGCGGUUCCAAUCUUCUUACAUUUAAGAAUGAUGGAGGCCACUGUGUUCUUUGGGACCUUCAAUGCUGCAGAAAUUUUUUGCUACCCUUCCCCAGAUCGGUGCCUCGACACAAUCCUGUCUUUGAGCUCUACGGACAAUUCCUUCGACCUUGUGGCUUGGUUUUUGCUCUGACAUGCACUGUCAACUGUGGGACCUUAUAUAGACAGGUAUGUGCAUUUCCAAAUCAUGUCCAAUCAAUUGAAUUUACCACAGAUGGACUCCAAUCAAGUUGUAGAAACAUCUCAAGGAUGAUCAGUGGAUACAGGAUGCACCUGAGCUCAAUUUCGAGUCUCAUAGCAAAGGGUCUGAAUACUUAUGUAAAUAAGGUUAAAACUAAAUUUAAAAAUGUCUAAACCUGUUUUCACUUUGUCAUUAUGGGGUAUUGUGUGUAUAUUGAUGAGGAGAAAAAUACAUUUAAUCAAUUUUAGAAUAAGGCUGUAACGUAACAAAAUGUGGAAAAAGUCAAGGGGUCUGAAUACUUUCCGAAUGCACUGUAUGUCUGCCAUAUACAGAUAGCCUUUCCAUCUUCUAAACACCAAGUAUUAUCUCCUUUUACAUUAAAAUAUUUGUUGUUACUAUUAGUAUUAUUAUUCUAUAUCAUUCUAUCAUUUUCUAUUUUAUUUUAUGCAAUAGGUUGGUGUGGAUGCGCUCGACCAAAUGGCAAGACUGUACUCUGUAAAAGGAGGUACUCGCCCCGACCUGUUGCGGUGUUCUACAACGUGCUCGACAUGGCUGCUAUCAACGCGCACGUGUUGUACAAGCAAUGCCUUGACAAGACAGUCAGCAGGAGAGAUUUCGUCAUGGAUGUGGCAUGUGAGCUUUGCGAGAACCUCAUGACCGCCGAGUAGGCCGCCAAGGCAGCAGCGCGUCCUGCUCUCUCUCUACUCUAAGCACCACAGCUCCCACUCGUGGGGGGGGGGGGGGGAGAAGACGCAAUGUCAAGUCGGCAUGUGCACACGAAACAAGGCCCAUGAAAACUGUGUGCAGUGCAACCGAUUUGUUUGUGGUGCUUGCUCACACAAAGUCCCGAAGCUGUGUGCUGACUGUGGACCCGAAGCAUAAAGAGAAGACGCGAUUGAUUCAGUCGUAAAGGCAGGGGUGUAAGGGCACAAUGCAGUGUCCGAUACAAUCAACAAAUGACUGUUUUUAUAUUUUGCCUUGAAUAUAUUUCCAAGAAUAUUUCUUUAUGCAAUUCAUCCUUUACAUUUGUUCAUACACUGGUGCUUUUGUUUAGGAAUACACUAAAUAAUUUCACAUGCGCACCUGGAUGGUUAUGAUUUGAGAUUUUAGUCGUUUAGCAGACGCUCUUAUCCAGAGCGACUUACAAUUAGUGAGUGCAUACAUUUUAUUUUUAUUUAUUUUUCAUACUGGCCCCCCGUGGGAAUCGAACCCACAACCCUGGCGUUGCAAGCGCCAUGCUCUAUUAUUAUUAUCAUCUUUUUUGUUUCUAAUUUGUCAAAAGAAGCUGUAACUGGACUUUAUUAAUUACUAUAAGUGUAUUACUAAUCAAAUAUACAAAUAAAGUUGAUCAAAUGGAUUACACUGUAAUGUUUUUAUUGUAAGGGGAAACAAAAAUAGGCUAUAGGCCUACAUUUUUUCUAUGACUUUGUGGAAUUAUACAAAAUAUAUCCAUGACUCUAUCUAAACAAAUAACUAUUGUUUUUAGUAUAUUUCCACAAAUAUUUAUUCAUUAAAUUCAUCCUUUACAAUAGUUUAUGCACUGUUUAUCAAGCGUUGGUGCUUAUGUUUGCGCACUUUGCGGGUUGAUAUGGAUCUGAUGCAUGUGCAAAAGGGGACGCCCGGAAACGUUCUCUAGUGGGUACUUCUAUGCUGAAAGGCCAUGCGGUUCUAGUGUUGAUGUUUUACCCUGUCUGCCGCACAAAAUGUCCAGGUACAUAAACGUGUUGGGUACGGUUAAUUUCCAUGUGCCUAUAGGCAGAAUUUAGCAGCUUAGGUAGGGUAAUUCUCCUGAGGUUAAGCGUCACUAGCUGUAAAUCAGCUAUGGUGGUCUUAAUAGAUAAUACUAUGUCUAAUAUAUGGUCUACUUUGAACCAGAUGGAUUAUAGGCUUGACUUAUGUUAUGGUUUGGGCCUGGAGAAUGAGUGGAUAAGGAUGUUCAUAUAAUGAGAGUUUAGGGGAGAAUGUGACUGACUCUGUUGGAUACAUUUUCUGUCUUCCCUCUGUUUUAUUAAACCUUUUAAAAUACAAAAGUGGUUUGCCUUAUCCUUUGAAUUCAUAAUUUCCACACCUGAACAACCUAAAAUUCAUAACAAACGAAAGUAUACCUCAACUUUCCUCCUAAAUGAGUUUCUGUUCCUAGACAGUCUGAUCACACGCGUACGCACACACACACAGAAAUUGGCCUAUAAAGUGUUCUUCUCCUUCUAGGAUGGAGAUGUCAUGUCUGGAGCUGGCCCUGGAGGGAGAGAGGCUGUGUAAGGUGGAGGAUUACCGCGCCGGGGUCUCCUCCUUCGAGUCGGCCAUCCAGGUGGGCACAGAGGACCUCCAGAUCCUCAGCGCCAUCUACAGCCAGCUGGGCAACGCCUACUUCCACCUGCAGGAGUACAGCAAGGCUCUGGAAUACCACUGCCAUGACCUCACCCUCACCAGGUACACACACUUAGCAGGACCUCACACUGACCAGGUACACAGCACCGCCAUGACAUCACAACACCACUACAACCUCACUUUGACCUAACCUAAUGUAGCAGGCGUGAAAUAAACACAUGAAACUAGAUACCAUACAUACUGGUCUUGACGAGAAGGAAAAAACUACUUGGGAGGUUCUGUUUUGCACUGCUCAACCAAUCCAGUAAAUGUGGGGGGGGAGUUAAGAUGGAGUUGUUGGGGACUCUGCAGAGGCUACUCGGGUGCACGCUACCGCCAUGACCUCUCUGACCAGGCGCACACUACCGCCAUGACCUUAGGAACGUACGGUCCGCCUUAAGACACUGCCUUUGGCCAAGUGAAGAUUUCAUAAGACUAACAUGAGACUAUGCUGCCCUUAUAAAACUGGUCGAAUGCGAGGUUUGUUGCACUCUUAAAUUUACGUUUAAGCCAUUUAGCAGAUGCGCUUAUCCAGAGUGACUUACAGUAGUGAGUGCAUACAUUUUCGUACUGGUUCCCCGUGGGAAUCGAUCUCACUGCCCUGGCGUUGCAAGCGCCAUGCUCUACCAACUGAGCCACACGGGACCAUGUGAAAUGUGAAGGUCUGGAGAAAUGAGAGCUGGGGGACUGGCAAAGUGACCAAGUGAUCAGUUUGUUGGUUUGGUCAGAAAGUAAGCAAAGCACCCAGGUCACAGUAUCCCAUGGGGAUGAAACAUUUAUCACUUCAAAUGGGAGCCUUACUAGAGUAGGGAGACAAACGCUGGUUUGUGGAACAAAUUCUAAUUUCUCCUUUCUGGGUCAAGAGUGCCUGGCAUGGUACUGUAAACCAUUGACAUUUCUCAGAUUCUGUGUUUGGAUGUGAUUUCUCUCCAGAACCAUUGGGGAUGAACUUGGAGAAGCAAAAGCCAGUGGUAACCUUGGAAACACCUUGAAGGUUCUGGGACGGUUUGAUGAAGCAGUGGUCUGUUGCCAAAGACACUAUGACAUUACCAGAGGGAUGUACGAUAAGGUGAGACAUUCAAACAUAAUAAUUUAAUCACAAGUGUUAGGUUCUAAACAAAUAAAGUAAAAACUCAAACGGAUUACUAGGAAAAGCUCAAACCAAGUUUAUUCACCCACUGGGUCAAACAGCUGCUAAGACAAAGACAUGUUUACACAAGAACAUAUAUUUAAACCCUCCUACUAGGCGGAGUCAACUCCUUACACAUCUAGACAGCCAAUACAUCUCUGUUGCUAGUCAGGAACUUAAUUGGUUCCUCUCAUUGGUGUAGUCAUGGCCCCGCCUCCUGCUAGAACCUUCCUAUGCAUGUAAGUAUAUGUGUGUAACAGGACUGUUCGUUGUCACUUCAUCUGACCUGACCUCGGGUCGAAUUCCUCACUCCUCCCUAAUCCACGGCUGUCCUAUAUUAUCAGUGACUGAAACCAGACUGUUGCCCUUUGCCUCCCUCCUUAGGAGCUAUGAGAUUUAACAAUACCAUGUUUUGACAGAAUGUAAACUUUCUGCACUCCCCCUUCCUCACUCAGUAACUUUCCAUAUACCUAGUUCUCAUCCACCCUCCAUUGACCCCAACAUAUACAUUCCUUACAAAAAGUUAUAGUAUGGUAACAUGAAUAAGUAUAUUUCGAGGUAGAAUCCAACACAAGUAAAUCAUAUUAUUGGAUUGUAAUGGUCCUAGAGAGAGCAACAUGCUGUUCUAAUCUUGGUUCCAGCCCAACACUAAUAUCUUAUUCAAACGUUCAAUCAAGACUUUGCUUAACUGAGAUUUAGUGCUAGACUGGAACGAAAGCCUGAUUACCCAGGACUUUCCAGGACUAGGGCUGGUGACCACUGGUUGUGGCCAUAACAGGGAGUUUGUUCUUCCACUGUUGAAUAGUUGGGGAGCUAGAAUAACUGAUGAAUAAUUAUGUGCUGAUGUCUAGAAUAGUUUGACACCCGACCUUCUGUUUGUGUGCUGGACAAGUAUUUACAACGUUGGUUGUGUUGGUCUGUGAAAUGCUGGUGGUGUGUGUGUGUGUGUGUGUGUAGGUUGGGCAGGCCCGAGCGCUGUAUAAUUUCGGCAACGUUUACUACUCCAAGGGGAAGAGCAUCUGCUGGACUGGAGCGGAGCCAGGAGAAAUCCCAGAGGAGGCCAAGUUCGCGCUGAUCAAAGCCACAGAGUAUUACGAGUGAGUUAAUCAGUGGGUUUCUAAAAUAGAGUCCGCCUAUGCUGUAAUGGUGAAUAAAUAUUACUUUUGUGAAUGUCUGUUACCUUUUAAUACUUUCUAUGAUGGAGUCUGCUGAAAAAUAACUAAGUGAGAGUAAAUCGCAGUCUAUGAAUAAAUUACUUUUGGUGAUUGUGUUACCUAUUUAUGUACUUUUUUUUGUCUCUGUUUAUUGUAUAGAUUCAACCUGUCCAUUGUGAAGGACUUGGGGGAUCGGGCAGCACAGGGACGAACCUAUGGUAACCUAGGUAACACAUACUAUCUGCUCGGAAACUUCCAGAAAACUGUGGUGGCCCAUGAACAGGUACAUACCCUAAUUUAGUGGCAUCACAAGUCUUAGUACAUGACUAUCAGGGUUAUUUAUAUAUGUAUGUAUGUAUGUAUGUAUGUAUGUAUGUAUGUAUGUAUGUAUAUAUACAUACAUACAUACAUACACACACACACACACACACACACACACACACACACACACACACACACACACACACACACACACACAGUGAGGGGAAAAAAGUAUUUGAUCCCCUGCUGAUUUUGUACGUUUGCCCACUGACAAAGAAAUGAUCAGUCUAUAAUUUUAAUGGUAGGUUUAUUUGAACAGUGAGAGAAUAUAUACAUAUAUAAUAUAUACAUAUAUGUUUGUGUGUGUGUGUAUGUGUAUGUAUGUAUAUGUGUGUGUAUGUAUGUGUAUAUAUAUAUAUAUAUAUAUAUAUAUAUAUAUAUAUAUAUAUAUAUAUAUAUAUAUAUAUAUACACACACACACACACACUACCAGUCAAAAGUUUGGACACACCUAGUCAUUCAAGGGUUUUUCUUUAUUUUUACCAUGUUCUACAUUGUAGAAUAAUAGUGAAGACAUCAAAACUAUGAAAUAACACAUAUGGAAUCAUGUAGUAACCAAAAAAGUGUUAAACAAAUCAAAAUAUAUGUUCUUCAAAUAGCCACCCUUUGCCUUGAUGACAGCUUUGCACACUCUUGGAAUUCUCUCAACCAGCUUCAUGAGGUAGUCACCUGGAAUGCAUUUCAAUUAACAGGUGUGCCUUCUUAAAAGUUAAUGUGUGGAUUUUUUUUCCCUUAACGCGUUUGAGACAAUCAGUUGUGUUGUGACAAGGGGGGGGGUAUACAGAAGAUAGCCCUAUUUGGUAAAAUACUAAGUCCAUAUUAUGGUAAGAACAGCUCAAAUAAGCAAAGAGAAACGACAGUCCAUCAUUACUUUAAGACAUGAAGGUCAGUCAAUACGGAACAUUUCAAGAACUUUGACAGUUUCUUCAAGUGCAGUCGCAAAAACCAUCAAGCGCUAUGAUGAAACUGGCUCUCAUGAGGACCACCACAGGAAUGGAAGACCCAUCGUUACAUCUGCUGCAGAGGAUAGGUUCAUUAGAGUUACCAGCCUCAAAAAUUGCAGCCCAAAUAAAUGCUUCAGAGUUCAAGUCACAGACACAUCUCAAUAUCAACUGUUCAGAUGGAACUAUGUGUUUCAGGCCUUCAUGGUCGAAUUGCUGCAAAGAAACCACUACUAAAGGACACCAAUAAUAAGAAGAGACCUGCUUAGGCCAAGAAACACAAGCAAUGGACAUUAGACUGUGGAAAUUUGUCCUUUGGUCUCGAGUCCAAUUUUUUUAUUUUUAGUUCCAACCGCCAUGUCUUUGUGAGACAGUGUGGGUGAACGGAUUAUCUCCGCAUGUGUAGUUCCCACCAUAAAGCAUGGAGGAGGAGGUGUUAUGGUGUGGGAGUGCUUUGCUGGUGACACUGUCUGUGAUUUAUUUAGAAUUCAAGGCACACUUAACCAGCAUGGCUACCACAGCAUUCUGCAGCGAUAUGGCAUCCCAUCUGGUUUGGGCUUAGUGGGACUGUCAUUUGAUUUUCAACAGGACAAUGACCCAACACACCUCCAGGCUGUGGAAGGGCUAUUUUACCAAGAAGGAGAGUGAUGGAGUGAUGCAUCAGAUGAGCUGGCCUCCACAAUCCCCCGACCUCAACCCAAUUGAGAUGGUUUGGGAUGAGUCGGACAGCAGAGUGAAGGAAAAGCAGCCAACAAGUGCUCAGCAUAUGUGGGAACUCCUUCAAGACUGUUUGAAAAGCAAUCCAGGUGAAGCUGGUUGAGAGAAUGCCAAGACUGUGCAAAGCUGUCAUCAAGGCAAAGGGUGGCUAUUUUGAAGAAUCUCAAAUAUAAAUUAUUUUGAUUUAACACUUUUUUGGUUACUACAUGAUUCCAUAUGUGUUAUUUCAUAGUUUCGAUGCCUUCACUAUUAUUCUACAAUGUAGAAAAUAGUAAAAUUAAGAAAAACCCUUGAAUGAGUAGGUGUGUCCACACUUUUGACUGGUACUGUAUAUACAGUGGGGAGAACAAGUAUUUGAUACACUGCCGAUUUUGCAGGUUUUCCUACUUACAAAGCAUGUAGAGGUCUGUAAUUUUUAUCAUAGGUACACUUCAACUGUGAGAGACGGAAUCUAAAACAAAAAUCCAGAAAAUCACAUUGUAUGAUUUUUAAGUAAUUAAUUUGCAUUUUAUUGUAUGACAUAAGUAUUUGAUACAUCAGAAAAGCAGAACUUAAUAUUUGGUACAGAAACCUUUGUUUGCAAUUACAGAGAUCAUACGUUUCCUGUAGGUCUUGACCAGGUUUCUGCACACUGCAGCAGGGAUUUUGGCCCACUCCUCCAUACAGACCUUCUCCAGAUCCUUCAGGUUUCGGGGCUGUCGCUGGGCAAUACGGACUUUCAGCUCCCUCCAAAGAUGUUCUAUUGUGUUCAGGUCUGGAGACUGGCUAGGCCACUCCAGGACCAUGAGAUGCUUCUUACGGAGCCACUCCUUAGUUGCCCUUUCUGUGUGUUUCGGGUCGUUGUCAUGCUGGAAGACCCAGCCACGACCCAUCUUCAAUGCUCUUACUGAGGGAAGGAGGUUGUUGGCCAAGAUCUUGCGACACAUGGCCCCAUCCAUCCUCCCCUCAAUACGGUGCAGUCGUCCUGUCCCCUUUGCAGAAAAGCAUCCCCAAAGAAUGAUGUUUCCACCUCCAUGCUUCACGGUUGGGAUGGUGUUCUUGGGGUUGUACUCAUCCUUCUUCCUCCAAACACGGCAAGUGGAGUUUAGACCAAAGAGCUCUAUUUUUGUCUCAUCAGACCACAUGACCUUCUCCCAUUCCUCCACUGGAUCAUCCAGAUGGUCAUUGGCAAACUUCAGACGGGCCUUGACAUGCGCUGGCUUGAGCAGGGGGACCUUCCGUGCGCUGCAGGAUUUUAAUCCAUGACGGCGUAGUGUGUUACUAAUGGUUUUCUUUGAGACUGUGGUCCCAGCUCUCUUCAGGUCAUUGACCAGGUCCUGCCGUGUAGUUCUGGGCUGAUCCCUCACCUUCCUCAUGAACAUUGAUGCCCCACGAGGUGAGAUCUUGCAUGGAGCCCCAGACCGAGGCUGAUUGACCGUCAUCUUGAACUUCUUCCAUUUUCUAAUAAUUGCGCCAACAGUUGUUGCCUUCUCACCAAGCUGCUUGCCUAUUGUCCUGUAGCCCAUCCCAGCCUUGUGCAGGUCUACAAUUUUAUCCCUGAUGUCCUUACACAGCUCUCUGGUCUUGACCAUUGUGGAUAGGUUGGAGUCUGUUUGUUUGAUUGAGUGUGUGGACAGGUGUCUUUUAUACAGGUAACGAGUUCAACCAGGUGCAGUUAAUACAGGUAAUGAGUUGAGAACAGGAGGGCUUCUUAAAGAAAAACUAACAGGUCUGUGAGUGCCGGAAUUUUUACUGGUUGGUAGGUGAUCAAAUACUUAUGUCAUGCAAUAAAAUGCAAAUUAAUUACUUAAAAAUCAUACAAUGUGAUUUUCUGGAUUUUUGUUUUAGAUUCCGUCUCUCACAGUUGAAGUGUACCUAUGAUAAAAAUUACAGACCUCUACAUGCUUUGUAAGUAGGAAAACCUGCAAAAUCGGCAGUGUAUCAAAUACUUGUUCUCCCCACUGUAUAUAUAUCACAUACAUGAUGCCUGUGUGAAUAUUGUUUUAUGAUACUAUAUGUUCUCGUUUCUUUAUUUAGUAGAACGAGAACAUCACUCUGACCUUGAUUUGUUUUUGUAGCGUCUCCUCAUCGCUAAGGAGUUUGGGGACAGGGCGGCUGAGAGGAGGGCCUACUGUAACCUAGGGAACGCCUACAUCUUCUUGGGCCAGUUUGGAGUGGCAGCUGAACAUUACAAGUGAGUGGACUUACUUCCUUAGACCAAUUGACCAUCAAAGGCCCAGGAAUUUUCAGACACUCCUGUCUUGUACUGCCCAGUUAGGACAUGCAUGUUUGGACUUGGGAAAGAAGAAAACAAUUAAGGGAAAAGGGUUGUGGGGAAAUUAUAAUAAGUGAAUAUGAUGUUUCUGGAAGUCUCUUACCAAAGCCCCACAGUUAGGGGCAAGCAAGACUAGUUUUUGGUGACCUCUUCCUUAUCAUCCUCUGACCCUUGACCUCUGCCCCCCAGGAGGACUCUGCAGCUGGCCAGGCUGCUGAAGGACAAGGCUGUGGAGGCUCAGGCCUGUUACAGCCUGGGGAACACCUACACACUGCUGCAGGACUAUGAGAGAGCCAUCGACUACCACCUCAAACACCUCAUCAUCGCACGGGAGCUCAAGGACAGGUACACACGCUUACUUGGUUGCUUAUGGUUGUCGAGCGUAAUUUGAUCAUGACCAUCUUCUUUAAUUAUGAGUCCUCUGAUGGCUCUAGAGACCAAUGUUCAUCUUUUCCCAAGACACACAUUGUUCGAAAGGCUUAUGCAAAGUGUUCACAGUAGAGAAGUGUACUUUCUGAGUUGGCAUUACUCAAUCUCUCUUCUGUCUGUCCCUCUGUGUUUGUUCAGGGUCGGGGAGGGAAGAGCAUGCUGGAGUUUAGGAAAUGCCCACAAGGCCCUGGGGAAUCAUCAGGAGGCCAUUCACUUUGCUGAGAAACAUCUGGAGAUAUCCAAAGAGGUGCUUUUUACUGCCUGGUCAAUGUUUAGUCCACUUCCCUAUCUAAUGCAUGUUAUCAGUACCUGUCAUCUAGUCACAGCUCUUUCUACAUGGUAAUAACCUGCUCGUUAUUAUCCAAUAAGUCACAACUCUAGGAAUUCUGUAUGAAUAAAAUGAAUGAGGCAAUCUCUUCCGGUACCGAGGGGAGGGGUGAGGACAACAACACCUGGACUCUCUAUAUGGCCAGAUGAUUCCCCUGCUGUGUUCGAGUUGUGUUCCUCUUAUGCAGUUCUCACAGUUUUUUUUCUAUAAUACACUUCUCAUCCUGUAUUUGGUCCAGACUGGAGACAAAAAUGGCGAGGCAACCGCCAGGAUGAACGUGUCAGACCUGAAGUUAUUGCUGGUUCUGGGUCAGAACCCAAGCUCAAGCCUCAACACCAACAACAGCUCCGACUUUAACACCAACAGCUCUGUUCUGACUGAGAACCUCAGGAAGCAGAACACCUUACCAGGUACAAGUCCCUUCCGGCCUACCUGUAACAAUGCUACACUAUUAUUAUGAUUAUUGAUUUUAGUGUAAAUAAAUAUGAUCCUGUGUAGCUCAGUUGGUAGAGCAUGGUGCUUGCAAUGUCAAUCGUGGGUUUGAUUCCCACUGGGGCCACCCAUGCGAAAAUGUAUGCACACAGUACUGUAAGUCACUUUGAAUAAAAGUGUCUGCUAAAUGGCAAUAAUAAUAAUAAUAAUAUUAUUAUUAUUAUUAUUAUUAUUAUUAUUAUUAUUAUAAAUAAGCAUUAUUCCAUUUGUACUCAUUAUUCUGAACCUUACACAAAUCUGUAGUCCGGAGUCAGUCCAGGUGCAAGCCUGGCAAAGUGACACAAAUGGGAGUAGAUACAUAUGGCACCCAUACCGACUUCUGAUAUGUUCGUUUCAGGCAUUAAGUCAGAAGGAAGGAGGAACAGUAUAGAGAACUUGGAGCUGAUAGGGCUUAGUCCUGAAAAAACUGUAGAGGUACAGUACACAUGCAUAUUAACACAUUUACAUAAGCUUAUGAGCAGAAAUAUCCCUUAUCCGUAAUGUUACUAUUGUAUUGAUUUAUGUACAUUUAGUUUUUAUUGAUUGAUAUUAUAUAGUAUUGGUGACGUCUCAACUAAACUGCCUACACACACCACCUAUCACUCCCCUAUCAUCAAUGUUUAUUUUCAUGUACCGGUACUUUUGUCAUCAUGUACUGCCCUUACAACAGAACUGGGACGAAGUCGUGUUCAGGCCUCCUAACCCUAAAUCCAGCAUGGCCAAGGCCACCUCCAAGCUGUUCUUUAUCAACCGGCUCAGAGGGAAGAAACACAAGAAGCACAGCUCUCCUACCAGAGACGGAGUCCUCCAGGACACCAGCAACAAACCCACAGCCCCAGAGAUGGACACACAGAAGUCAGAAGCCAAGGUAGCUUCAACUGUAGAGAUAAGCCUACAUAGUAGUGUAAUCAUAUAAAUCAUAUACAGUGGGGGAAAAAAGUAUUGAGUCAGCCACCAAUUGUGCAAGUUCUCCCACUUAAAAAGAUGAGAGAGGCCUGUAAUUUUCAUCAUAGGUACACAUCAACUAUGACAGACAAAUUGAGGGAAAAAAAUCCAGAAAAUCACAUUGUAGGAUUUUUUAUGAAUUUAUUUGCAAAUUAUGGUGGAAAAUAAGUAUUUGGUCACCUACAAACAAGCAAGAUUUCUGGCUCUCACAGACCUGUAACUUCUUCUUUAAGAGGCUCCUCUGUCCUCCACUUGUUACCUGUAUUAAUGGCACCUGUUUGAACUUGUUAUCAGUAUAAAAGACACCUGUCCACAACCUCAAACAGUCACACACCAAACUCCACUAUGGCCAAGACCAAAGAGCUGUCAAAGGACACCAGAAACAAAAUUGUAGACCUGCACCAGGCUGGGAAGACUGAAUCUGCAAUAGGUAAGCAGCUUGGUUUGAAGAAAUCAACUGUGGGAGCAAUUAUUAGGAGAUGGAAGACAUACAAGACCACUGAUAAUCUCCCUUGAUCUGGGGCUCCACGCAAGAUCUCACCCCGUGGGGUCAAAAUGAUCACAAGAACGGUUAGCAAAAAUCCCAGAACCACACGGGGGGACCUAGUGAAUGACCUGCAGAGAGCUGGGACCAAGGUAACAAAGCCUACCAUCAGUAACACACUACGCCGCCAGGGACUCAAAUCCUGCAGUGCGAGACGUGUCCCCCUGCUUAAGCCAGUACAUGUCCAGGCCCGUCUGAAGUUUGCUAGAGUGCAUUUGGAUGAUCCAGAAGAGGAUUGGGAGAAUGUCAUAUGGUCAGAUGAAACCAAAAUAUAACUUUUUGGUAAAAACUCAACUCGUCGUGUUUGGAGGACAAAGAAUGCGGAGUUGCAUCCAACGAACACCAUACCUACUGUGAAGCAUGGGGGUGGAAACAUCAUGCUUUGGGGCUGUUUUUCUGCAAAGGGACCAGGACGACUGAUCCGUGUAAAGGAAAGAAUGAAUGGGGCCAUGUAUCGUGAGAUUUUGAGUGAAAACCUCCUUCCAUCAGCAAGGGCAUUGAAGAUGAAACGUGGCUGGGUCUUUCAGCAUGACAGUGAUCCCAAACACACCGCCUGGGCAACGAAGGAGUGGCUUCGUAAGAAGCAUUUCAAGGUCCUGGAGUGGCCUAGCCAGUCUCCAGAUCUCAACCCCAUAGAAAAUCUUUGGAGGGAGUUGAAAGUCCGUGUUGCCCAGCGACAGCCCCAAAACAUCACUGCUCUAGAGGAGAUCUGCAUGGAGGAAUGGGCCAAAAUACCAGCAACAGUGUGUGAAAACCUUGUGAAGACUUACAGAAAACGUUUGACCUGUGUCAUUGCCAACAAAGGGUAUAUAACAAAGUAAUGAGAAACUUUUGUUAUUGACCAAAUACUUAUUUUCCACCAUAAUUUGCAAAUAAAUUCAUAAAAAAUCCUACAAUGUGAUUUUUCUGGAUUUUUUUUUCUCAUUUUGUCUGUCAUAGUUGACGUGUACCUAUGAUGAAAAUUACAGGCCUCUCUCAUCUUUUUAAGUGGGAGAACUUGCACAAUUGGUGGCUGACUAAAUACUUUUUUCCCCCACUGUAAUUGGUCUAUUGCUAUUAUUUUAAAUAUAUUCCUACGGGUUCAACAGCCUACUGGGGUUUUUCUACAGUAGAUAACAUAGAGGUUGGGCAUGUUGUGCAGUCUAUUGUAACGUUCUUGUCUUUGUAAUGAUAGCCUUUUUUAUGGUUAUAUGAGACUUUGCUGGUUGUUUUAGUGUGUGUUUUGUGCAUCUUUUCUCCUGUAGAUUGGAGGUUCUGACACUCUGGGUGGUGAAGGCUUCUUCGACCUCCUCAGUCGUUUCCAGGGCAGCAGAAUGGACGACCAAAGAUGCUCCUUAUUGGACGGCCAGAGCAGUCUCACCGACCCCUUCUCUCUCUGUACCACCCCGCCCGUAGCCAUGAGGAAAUGUAAGUUAGCCCCGCCUCCCUCUGCAUGCCAUGUCUACCAAUGUGCCUUGUUGGCACUUUGUGACCUACGCGUAGUCCAAUGCCUUGCCUGUGCGUACCUUCCUUAUCCUAUUCAUAAUAAGGAAGGCAUAAUACAAAUUUUAAAAAGAUUGCUUUGGCGAAGGAGAUGUAGCUUUCAGGCUAAACUGAAACCCCUUCCUCACCUCCCUGUCCUCUUCCACCUCUUGUAGCUACUUCCGCGUGCAAGGCCAACCCGGAGCCUGGGCAUAUCCGGGACCUGCUGGCCAGCUCCCAGGGCCGUCGGCUGGACGAGCAGAGAGUCAGCGUGGGCAGCAGCUUCCCCGGUCUACGUCUCUGCACCUCUGAUCAGCCCCUCAGCCCCCCCACCAUGCUCAGUCCUCUGAUGACCAGUGCUGACCAGCCUCAGGCUGACGACGUUUUCUUUGACAUGCUAGUCAAGUGCCAGGUAAUCAAGACAGCCUACAGUAGCUUAUUUUAGCUGGUUCACUGAAAAUGACUUGACUAUUAGUCAGAAGUUAGUAAAAGCCUAAUUUGCUUACAUACUGAAUUAGUACCUAUUGUAAAGAUGAUUAAUUGUAACUCAUGGACCAUAUUUAUUGAAAAAUACUAUAUAUCAGACAUUUUACUGACACUGUUGAUUUGAGAUCACAAUCUGGUCUGUUCCAAUGUGCCUGUGUAGGGUUCUAGAUUGAAUGACCAGCGGUGUGCAGCACCCCCUCCCCCCACUAGGGGUCCUACUGUCCCAGACGAGGACUUCUUCAGCCUCAUUCUGCGAUCCCAGGUCAACAGGAUGGACGAGCAGCGGGUCCCGUUACCUCUACCCCCCAGCUCUGACUCUGUCCCUAGCCAGCCCUGCCCAGACUGA